UGACAUUUUUACUAUCAUUGGCAAUGUAAUUCAUAGAAAAUUUGCACAAGUUUUAAAGUGAAAAAGAGUUUUAAUGACUUCAAUACCUCGCAAGUUCGUUCGUGCUAUUAGAUGUGUACCUUCAAAAGCGCCUGCUUUAAAUUUCGCGAGUACAUCUUUUUCCAAGGUCUCUUCAAGGUCCUCUUCAACUUUUCGCUUCACUCAGAUUACUGGACAUAAAAUCUCCAGGAAAUGAUGUUACUUCAAUUUCCCUGUGUUACACCUACCUAAAGAAUUCGCUUAUUUUUUUAAAACUAAUAGAAGGAGUAAUAAUUACAUACAAUUGUUACUAAUAUUUAUCACAUGCUUUAAUAUCUGGCUUGAAGACCUUAUUUCCAGAGUUUUAUACGUUAUAUAAAUUUCUCUGCACCCUUUAUAAUUAUUUAUACAGUGUGUAUUUUGCCGCACUUAUGUGUAAAUUUAUUUGAACCAUAAAUGGACAUAACCGUCAACGUUCCCCCUGAUUCAACUAACGGUAAACUUGAGAAUGUGACUUCUAAAACAUUUGACAAAACGUGCUCUGACUCUCACCACAACAAUAACUCUCUUCCGACGUCAUCCACUGCUUGUAAAACACACUUAUGUCAAGGAGUUUAUCUACCUGAUGACGAUGGAUCUAUUCUCACUCCUGAACAUGCCUUUGUACAGUAUCAAACCCGGUCUGAAGACCAAGCCUGCCAGAUUUGUGGUCAGCCAGCUGUCGGAUUCCACCAUCGGGCAUACGUUUGCGAGGCCUGCAAGAAAUUUUUCAUGCGACAUACAGCUGCCAGAUUACGAAAUUCUGAAAUUGGAUCUACAGUUUCUGAAUCAAUAUGUCCAAUGGGUGGUAGAUGUCGUGUUGAAGGUCCCGGUCGUGGUAAAUGCCCACAUUGUCGUUAUCGAAAAUGUUUAGAGUUGGGAAUGACUUUAACACCUCCCGGUGGUGAAGCUGGCUGUGAUAUUUCCCAAAUACCGUGUCGUGUAUGCAGUGGUCCAUCUUCCGGUUUUCAUUUUGGUGCAUUAACAUGUGAAGGCUGCAAGGGUUUCUUUCGACGAACUGUCUUAUCCAAUGUUCGUUUAGAAUGUCUUGGCAAUAAUGAUUGUCCAAUUACACCAGCUAAUCGAAAUAUGUGUAAAAGUUGUCGAUUUCAACGUUGUCUAGCAGUUGGCAUGUCUAAAACUGGAAGUCGUAUUGGUCGACAACCUAAUGCAAUUAAAUAUUAUUGUGCUCGAGAAAUUUCCCAAUUAACUAAUUCUAAUGAUUGUGAAGCAACCACAACUAUGAAUCCAUCUUCAAGUUCAUCAAAUAAACAUGAAUCUAACCGACGUAAUUCAGUUAGUCAUAGUAGUACUAGUAGUGGUACUACAAAUCUAAGUUGUAACAUCAGCAAUAAUGGUAAUAAAAAUAAUAAUAUUACUGCUAAUCAUGAUGAUAAUAAUCAUAGCAACAGUAAGAAUAAUAAUCUUAAUGAACAUGAUUUAUUGUCAAUUGCUGAAGAACAUUGUAGAUCAGUAUUAGGUCAAUCAAAUUAUCCAUCAUCUAGUUGGCCUUCAUUUAAACGUAUGAUGUCUAAUCUUGAUCAUUUGGAUUCAAUUAAUAACACUACUAUCGCCAAUACGACCGCCAUCUCCAUAACAACAACAACAAUAAUAUCAACAACUGGCGUAUCUUUAGUUCCAUCAAGUAUUCCUUUAACAUCAACAUCUACAGUAAAUCAUUUCAUUGAACACGGUAAUCAUAAUUAUAACGAGUUACAAAAUAGUGGUGAUUCGUUGAAAAAUGGAUCUUUAUUAUCUUUAUCACCGUCUUCAUCUACAUCACCAUCGUCAGGGAUUAAAAGUCAUAUAAAGUAUAAGACAGAUACACGUCCACAAUAUCUUAAUUCUCAGUCACGUCCUUUUCAUCAUUAUCCUCCGCCACCACCGCCGCCUCAUCAUCCUGCACAAUCAUCUAUUUCUCAGAACAAUUGUUUUAAUAACAAUAAUGUUGGUAUGAGUGGUAGCAAUAAUAAUAUUGCUAAUGGUGUCGUCCUCUCUGGCCGUGCGGAUUCAAUUUUACCUUCUUCCACUUCCAAUGGUGCUAGUCAUGGUAGUGAUUAUCUUUUAAUUGAUCCUUCAAGAAAUAUUACUAAACGACGUAAAACAAUACCGUCUGAAAUAGAUGUUAACUUAGCGAUCUCUGAUACUAGUAUUACAUCUUCAAAAUUAACACCUAUUAAUUCAGUACACAUACAUGAUGAUGAUGAUGAUGACGUUGAUGAUGAAGGCUGCGAUCAUGAUGAUAUUGAUGAUGUUAAUGACAAUGUUGAGGACGUUGAAAAUGGCAAUUCUACUAGUGGUUCUAAUGGUAAUGAACAUUUAAAUCAACGUUACAGUCAUAGACAUCAACAACAAUAUCAUCAUCCUGUACACCAAGCUGUACAUCAUCGUCACCAACAUCAAAACCGUCGUAACGCGGACUUGACAAGUUUGAAUGAAGAGAAUAUCCAUAAUGUUAUCGGUUCUGUUAAUAAUGAUUUGGAUAUCAGUAAUAGUUGUAGAAGUAAUAAUAAUAAUAAUGGUAGUGUAAUUAAUAGUAGAUAUGAGAAACUUGUAGAUAAUGGGAAAAUUCAUAACAUAUCAGUGGAUAAUUUCUCAUUUAUUAAUCAAUCAAGGCAUUUAUCGAAUCAAAUUAACUUGCCAAAUGAUAAUGAACAUAAUAUAAACAUUAAUAAUAAUGAGAAUUGUUCCACUGUACUUGAACAAUUACAAUUUAGAAACUAUCCAUUAAUGGAUAGAUCAUCAGUUAUUGUUGAAACUCAGUCAAAAGAUUCUCAUGCGGUAACUACUCAUUUAAAUCAAUCCUAUUUACGACCUACACAAUUAAAUUUAACAACUGGAAGACAUUUACCUGAUGAAUCCUAUUCAUUGUCUUAUCUUUCAUCUUCAUUAUCAUCAUCACCAACAUUAUCAUCGACAUUAACUACUACAUCAUGUCCACGUUCAUCUGUGAUAUCAGACUAUUCUGACUUCAAUAACCAAUUAUCUGCUGAUGUUAGUGAUAAUAAUAACAAUAACAAUAAUAAUAAUAAUCAAGUAUGGUUACCAAAACAACGAUAUAUUAAAUCUAGUCGGAGUUUACCAAAUGAACAAACUAAUAAUCAACUAAUAAGUUCAAAUAAUAAUAAUAAUCAGAAUGCCAAUAAUUGUUUAGAUUCAAAUUCAUUAGGAUUUCUCAAUGGUGGACGUAAUGUUAUUGAUAUAACUGGAUUAACUGAGACUGAACCAACAUCAACAACUACUACACCGUGGUUUGCAGCCGCAGCAGCAGCUGUAGCUGUUGUUAUGGCUGCAUCUCAAUCAUCAUCAUCAUCCUCAACUAAUUCCGCUUUAUUAGAUCCAUAUACAGUAUCAUCAAAUUUCAAUGAAUGUUUUGGAAUCAAUGACCGUAUUAAUAAUAAUAAUUCAGGUAUAAAUCAAGUAAAUAAUCGACGUGUUCCAGUGAAUACAACUAAUUUUUCAAAGCAACGUUUCAAAUUAGGUCUACAUGAAACUGUUUUAGAUCAUCAACAUUCUGGUAGAUCAUUUUUGUCAAAUUCUUAUAAUAUUAAUCCAUAUGAUACUAAUAGUAAUACUACUAGUGGUCAUAUGAAUGAAAAUAUAUUGAAAAUUGGUAAAUAUGAAUCAAAUGAUACAUUACGUUCCUUACAUCCAUCAUUAUCAUCAUCAUCAACAUCAUCAGUAGCAUCAUCAUUAUCUGAUGUUACACAUCCGUCGACAAUAGCUGCUAUGCAAGCAGCGGCUGUUGCAGCAGCAGCAGCUGCUACCGCUGCUGGUCUAGUUCUAUCCAAUAGUCGUGUACGUGGAUUAUCUGAUGAAAUUUAUCCGAAUUUAAAUCGUGUCAGCAUUUCUAAUUCAUUGCCUGAAUUACCAAAUAAUUGUUAUACAUCAACUACACCAUCAUCAUUAUCCUCAUCAUCAUCAUCACCACCAAUAAUGGGUAAUUUUGGUAGAAUUAUUGAAAAUCUUUCAAUGUAUUCAACAUCAUUAGAUCGUAAUGUUCAACCGAUUAAUAAUCUGGAUUAUCCAUCAUCAUCAACAUUAUCCUCCUCCUCCUCAUUAUUAUUGUCAUCAACAGUGAAUAAUUUCCCUGUUAAUCAUUCCAUUGUAAAUACUACAUUACCAUCGAUUACUGUACCAGUUAUAACUAAUAAAGAAAUUAGUCCACGUUUAAAGAAUGGUAUUAGACCGACUUCUAUAACAGUACAACAAUUUGCUGAACGCAUUCAUGUUGCUGCCAAAUAUAUGAUGACUGAAAGAAAGAACAUUCGAAGUAAUUUACCCCAACCAUGUAGAUUAAUUCAGGCAUCCGAUUGUGUUGAAGAUAUUUGGGGUCAAAUGAUGAAACACUUUGAAACACAUUCACGUUUUAUUGUACAGUUUGUUAAAUACAUUCCAGGGUUUUGUUACUUAAAAAUUAGUGAUCAACGUCAACUUGUUCGAAGUGCUAUGUAUCCGAUUAUGUUAUUGGAACUUAGCCGAGAUUAUGUGAAUGAAGAUCGAACACGGUAUAAUUAUUUCGAUUUUACUCCUGAAGAACAUGCGAUUAUACUUAGUCAUUUUCCAACAUUUCAUAAAAUAUCUGGUCAUUUAAUACGUUCAGGUGAAUUUCUUACUCGAUUAAAUUUAGAUAAUAUUGAAUUAACACUUAUGUGUGCUCAGGAAGUAUUUAAAGAUCGUCAAGGUUUAGAUGAUCCUGUGACACCAGCAUAUUUAUUUAAUUUAGUUGGACAAGCUCUUACUGAACAUAUUAUUUCUGUUGGAUAUUCAUUAGAAGAACGUUGUGCUGCAUUAUCACUUAUUUCCCCAAUGUUAGAAGAAUUAAAUAUUGAACAUCAUGAAGUAAUUGCUCAAUUACGUCAAGAUAGACCAGAUUUAGAAUUUCCGCAAUUAUAUCUUGAAAUGUUUCAAUUAACUGAAGAAGAACAACGUGAUCUUAAAUCUACUAAUUAUGAUCCAUCUGAUGAUAAUCGAUAAUUGCGAACAGGCAGAUUUUAAAUAUAAUACAUAUAAUCUCAUGAAAGAGGCAUUUAUAACUGAAUGAAUUGUGGAAUAAAAAGCAAACAUUAAUCCUACAGUUUACUUACUUAAUAAUACUAUGAUACUUCAUAUUCACCUACUAAACUACAGCAUGAUUACAGAAUAUUUCUAUUGUAUUACUAUUAUUAUUAUUAUUAUUAUCAUCAUGAUCAUGAUCAUGAUCAUCAUCAUUGUCUUCGGAUCAUGUUGUCUAUUUGCACACAUUGAAUUGAUUUUAGUUUGCUUCUUAUCAUUUCUUAUGAUCACUGUUGAAGAAAAGCGCCUGAAUUCCAUAUGGAAAAUGUUAUGAAAUGAAUGACUGCACAGCUUCAUUGUAUGUUUAUAUGUGUAUUUUCUGUUAAACAAAAAACUAAUAACUUUUAUUUAAUAUCCAUCUAUGUAUUCGAUAAUUAACUGUACUCUAUAGAUAUGAAAAGCAUUUCUUUUCUUCACUUUACUAUUAUUAUUAUUAAUGUAUUUAUUAUUGUCACGUUAAUUUCACAUUGGGAACUUCAUCUUUUUAAAAGGUGUACAUGAUUUACAGUUUAUUUUGACCUAUUAUUCACUUGAUCCUAUGUAUGUACACAUUGUUUAUUACGGGUAAAUGAAAAUAUGAUCUUAGUUAGAAGUAGUAAUAAUAAUAAUAAUAAUAGUAGUAGUAGUAGUAUCUGUUGUACAUUUAUUAAUUUGAUUUUGUUUUUGUCUUCUAUUACUAUUACUGGUACUACAACUAUUAUUCCCGAUUAUGAAUAGUUUGUAUGUCCCGGUGUGUGUUAUUUCAUGUGUAUGAGUAGGAUAGGUGGGUGACUAAGUGAGUAAGUGAUUGAAUGAACGAAUAUGUAACAACAACAAUUUCAAAACAAACUGGUAUAGUUCUAAAUCAUUCUAUUUCUCCCUUAUUAACCCUUAUUCAGGUUACUGUUUGUUAAUUUGUAUUAAUUAAUGAAAGAGUUUUCUUUUCUUUUGUUUCAAUGUGUAAUAGAGUAGUAACACGACAAUAGGGAUUGUUUUCAAUUUCUAUCUACUUUCUUUACAUUUUCUAUCUAUAUUAUGGUAUUUUAUUAUUAUUAUUAUUAUUAUUAUUAUUAUUAUUACUGUUAUCUUGCACGUUAUUUGUUUAAUAUUUACAUUUAAAUUCUUAAAUUAUAGCGCCUUUAUUGAUUGUGUAUAACUCUGUACUCUAUUACAUUUAUAUUCAUGUACACUUACACUUGAAUGUAUGUAUUUAUGUGUGUGUAUGUGUUUAAUAUACACCCUAACUACUCAAUGUGCAACCGUUUCAUUCAUAUUUUCCCAUUUAUUUACGUAUAUAUGUAUGUAUUUGUGUUUUACCAUUCACCAAACUAAUUUUUUUGUCUAAUCUUGAACUAUUAUUUACCCUUUCUAAACACUUUUAUAUCACUAUAUUUUUCUGUAACAAAACUGAUAGAUUAAACAAUGAAUGAUCCUAUGGAUUGGUAACUGAAGAGUAAUAAUGAUCUUUUUUUUGUAUUUGUUUCUUUAAUUUAAUACACACACAUACAAACAAACAAACAAAACAACAAAAGCAUACGAGUAAGUACGUACACUAACUACAAUUAGAUGUAUAUACUUUAAAGAAUGGUUCAUUUUGAUUUGUUCGUCUUGGAAUAAUUAAGUAAUAAGCAUAAUCAUCAAAAGAAAUACAACAACAAAUUAUACAAAUAUAGUGAAUAUGAUGGUAAUCGUUUAUCUUCAUUGUUGUUGUUGUUGUUAUUGUUAAACUCAGGGAAAAUCAAGUAUCAAUAUCUAUCAAGGGUUCAACAUAUAAUUUACAUGAUUGUUACUGUUAUUAUUACUAUGAUCAUCAUCAGUUUCAUUUCUUCUGCUAACUAUUUUUUCUCCUGUUUUCUUCUUUGUAGACAUUGUUGUUUUCCUUCAAUGAAAUGCUUUACAUAUUGAUGUUUCUCUCUGUGUGUGUGUGUGUGUAUGUUCCUUUCUAUUACUAUUGGACUCUUUCUUUUUUCUCUUUUCCAUAAAUGAACGCACAGGACAAAUUUUAGAAAGUAUUUAUGAUCCAUAUUAACAUGUAUAUCGAUUGUUUAUUUUUAAGUCAAGUUAUAUUGUUUGUUUGUCUUUUUAUUGUUUAUACUCCUGGCAAUUUAUCCUUUUCAAUUUAAAAAUCCCUUUAUGCUUUGGAUUGGUAAUUUUCAGUUAUGAUAACUUGUGUAUGUGUGUGUGUGUGUUCAUUUGUCCAGCGUUGGAUACUGUCAACAGUUUGGUAUAAUUACAAUAUUUAUCUUAUAUUAUCUUUCUAUUAAUCUCUUUUUAUGGUUUCAUUUUGAUCAGUUAUCUAUUUUACUUUUCAUUGGUAAAGUAGAACAUAGUUCAAACUAAUAAUUUCUUUCUAUCUUUUUUCACCAGUUGUAUACAUAUUUAUGUAUGUAUGUAGUGUUGUCAAAGAAAUCUGAUUCAUUCUCAUUUCUCCCUGUUUUAACAAAAAGAAAGACUUUUCUCCUAAUGUUUUGUAUUGUCAUCUUAUAUGAUGCCACAAUUUAUUUGUUUUCCUCCAGUUACUGUACUCUACUAUUCAAUCUUAUCAUCUUUUAUAAAAUGAAUGUUGGACAUUGAUAGAGAUAGAUAGUCUGACAAAUAUCUGUCAUAAUGUACACGCCGAUGUAUACGUCUUCAUAUAUAUAUAUAUAUAUAUAUAUAUAUAUAUAUAUAUAUAUAUAUAUAUGCGCACACAUACACACACACAAAGACUUUUAGUCGGAACAAUAUAUCUUUGAUACUAUUUUUAUUCUCUUAAAAUGAUCUUAGACUUUCUUUUUUCUUUUCCAUCUCUAUCAUAUUUCUAACUUAUUGACACUUGCCUAUUCUUUUAAUUCAAGCGCCAAAUGGAUUAUUUAUAACUAUCGUCAUUAUUGUCCUUUGUUUUUUCUAUAGAUAGAGAGUAUUAAACAAUUGUCCCUAAUAGUAUUUCUGUGAAUAUGUUAUUGUGUGUUGUAUCUCAAAUGGUUUGUCUAUUACCUUUAAUUAUUAUAAUUCAUCUCAGGAGAUUAUCGUCUGUCGAAAGAGAAUCCAUCGUACAAAGCAAAUGAUCAAUUUCAUUUUGUAUGUUCUUCCAUCUUAUUUAUGUGCCUCUUAUUUAUUAUUGCAUUCAUGAAAGAAAACAAAACUUUUUAUUUAUCUUAUUUUUUGUUUGUUGCUUAAUUGUUUGUUUAUUCAUUUGGUUGUUUUGUUUGUCCUUGAAGCAUGGAACUAUAAAGGAUAAACCCAGUGUAGAUUCAAUAACACAGGGAUAUAUCAUUAUUAUUAUUAUUAUUACUAUUAACAUUACUAUUAUUAUUAUUAUUAAUGAUACCAUUGUACUAAUAACAUUUAUUGUUUAUAUCAUUGUUAAGAUAUUCUUUAUCGUAUUAUUGAUUGUUGACAGUAAAGCGCCUCUAUUAUUUACCUACUAAAUUUCUAUUGAUCGGUUCUUUUUAGUGAGAUUCUCUUGUAUGUAUUACUAUGAAUCAGUUGUCAAUUUGUCAUUUUCUCGGUGUUUAUUUUCUAUUUGUUGUUUAUUACAAAUAAACACUUGUUUAAUAUGUAUACUUUGCCACUUUUUAAUCCUCCCAAUUUAUCUCCUCUAUGUGGUUUCUUGUUAGUGCUCGUUCUUUAUUUUUACCUCUCUCCCUUUGUGUGUAUGUUUGUGUGUGUAUGUGUGUGUCAACAGUACUGACCUAGUCCACGUUCUUUGUUAUCUUUUUUUUAAAAAAAUUCUCUUCAGGUAUCAUCUGUCUAUUCAUGUCUGUAUUUGUAUGAUGAUCAGGUACGCGUUAAACACAUAGAAAGAAAAAAAACAACAACCGUUUUCAUUCUUUUUUUUCCAAUUGCUUUACUUUGUAAUGACUGUUUCUGUUUCUUUCUCUCUCUCUCUCUCUCUCUCUCUCAGGGUUUUCUAUGGUAAUACAAUAACUGUAAAUGUCGUUAUUGUAAAAUAUAUUUCACUUCAUCUUUGUCGUUUAUAUUGGUUUGUUUUUGUCACCAGUUACUCGAUGUUGUUGCUGUUGUUGUUACUUUUCUAAAUUACUUUUGUAUAAUUUACUUCAUAAUACAAAUAGGCAAAGAGUAUUCUUGUUAUCAUUAUUAUUCAUCUAUCUUCAACAUGAUCUAGCCUAUUCACAUCUUCUUAUUCAAGAAAUUAUUCGAAUUUUGUCUUUGCCAAACUCAACAUCAGGUGCUUUAUGUCCACAUGUGUUUACUGUUAUGGUAUUGUACACGCGCAUGCAUAUGUGUAUAUGUGCUCAUGUGUAUAUCAUAUCGUGAAUUGUCUGUCAUUGUUGAACAUGGCAAUAUUUAUAAAUUUUUGUGAAUAUUAUUACCCACUAUUGAUAUAAAAAGUACUACUACUAUUACUACCGCUACUACUACUAUGACUAUUACUACUACAAAUACUACCUAAUUAGGGUGUUGACAGUUAUUUGGUUGCGUUUUAUUAUUCUCCUGCCCCAUUCAUCUGUUGUUCUUUUUAUUGACUUCUAUUCGUUUCCAUUUUAUUCUGUCUGUGAAUAUUAGACAAUGUUUAUUUGGCUUAAAAGUUCUUUUUUUUAAAGAAGAAAAAUAUCAUAUUCAUUAGUUUCUAUGUCUUUUCUCAAAAUUGAAUCUUUUAUGUUUCAUUUAAACUAAGCAAAUCUAACCAAAAUCAGUAGAAAGAAUUAGCUAAACAGUGAUCUUCCUUCCUUCCUUCUUUCACAUUGAUUUCUAUCUCCUAACCUAUAUGGAUGAUGAUACAAAUUAACCUACCUAUCCAUUCGUACUCCUUGUAGAAAAAGAAAAGAGAAAAAAAAGAAUCAAUACAAUAAACUAUCCAAUCCCGUGCUCAGGUUUUAUUUAUGAAUUUUUUUUUGCAUAUACAUUAACGAGUGAAUACAUGUUUUAUGUACUUUUUACCCACUUCAUCCUUAUCCUGACACCGGAUUCAGUGUCAUUCUUUCUCUCUUCUUUUUUCUUUUCUAAAUGUUACAACUCGGUUCUUCUUUUCUUAAUUUUCCGACUUCGAUCAUCCUAAUAAUAAUAAUCCUUAUUAUUAGUAGUAUUAUUGUUAUCAUCAUCGUUUUGUUCGAAGCGCCUCUAUCCUACUUCUUAUUCCUUUUUUUUUACAUACCAACUUCUCUUUGAGUUUGAAUUCUUUAAAGAAGAUUCUUGUUUGAUUUAUUUAUAUUUUGUCUAUUUCAUUUACUUUUACUGCGCCCUCUAUAUUUGUAUUCGUUGAUUCUUAAAUAAAAGAAAAACAAAGACAAAAACAAAAAAGAAAACCCACAAGACAAGAUUAUUAGUUUUUCAGUCCAGGGACAUUUUUAAUUUGUACUUGUUUCAUUUCAUUUUACUAUCCUAGAAUAUAUAUAUAUAAACCACUUAUUUGGCCAGUUUGUUUAUCUCUGUUCUCCUUGUUUUUUUUUCUUCAUAUUCUCACUAUAAGCAACACAUAGACAAAAUAUAGGCAGUAACAAAUAUUGUUUUGUUUUGAGUAAACGAGAAAAACAAACAAACAACAACAACAAUAAAUAAGCACCUCAUGUAAGUCUUGUUAGAUUAUAUUGGUUAGUUCAUGAUGAUUACUAAGAGUAUUAUUAGUAAUAGACAUGUUGCCGUUGUUGUUGUUAUUAUUAUUAUUACUACUUUUCUCUUCUUGGUUUUCUGCUUCAUUUCUCUUGGUUUCUCUCCCUUUCUUAAUAAUGUUUUUUUGUUUGCUUUUUUUGUAAUGAACACAAAAAUCAAAAUAAAGAAACUCUCUUUUAUGUAUUAUUGUGUUGUUGUUCUUGUUGUUGCUUUACUGUUUCAGAAUUUCCAGUCGACGAUUGUUUUAAGUAAGAUAGACAAAUCGGAAGAAUACUGAUAAUUUGAUCAAAUUAAGUAGGUGUUAAUAGAUGAUACUACUGUUGUAGUGAACAAAAACACGAGUGAGGAUAAUCUAAUAUAUUUGAGCACAAAAUUACAGGGCAUCUCACUAAAAUUUGAGAACUAUAUAGUAAAUAGUUAAUUUGCAAAAUAUCAAUCCGUCGUCUCAAACUUGACUGUUCCUGUUGCAAACAUCAAUCCAUUUUGAGAAUGGGUUUUGUGAAGAUUCUGUGGUCUAGUUGGUUAGGCGCCUGGCGCGAGACUGAUAGGUCCUGGGUUCGAAUCUCGCGGGGUACGGGAUCGUGGAUGCGCGCUUCUGAGGAGCCCCAUACUGGGACGAAACGGUCGCCCAGUGCUUCCAGGUUAUCCAUGGUGGCCUAGCUUCGAUUGACUCAUGAUUUCAACCAGUG